AUUGCUCGUCUCCCAUCUGAGCAUAUCAUUAAAGCUUUACGCAAACGUCAGAAAGUCAGAGACCUUUUAAUCAAACCGUGUCUAUUUCUGUUCUAUGAUUUUCCAUUUUUGUUUGCUUUUCGAUAAACGUUCAAUUAGGAGAAAAUUAAAUGGACUUCUUUUCUCUUCUCCGGCAAUAAAUUGUUCAUAUCUUCGUGUUAAGGAUACACGCAUAUCCAGUUAUUUCUUAUCCACCGUGAGUCAAGCCGUCGAGCAAAGAGACACCACAGAAGUAAAGUGUGCCAAAAAAGUACCGAGAGAAAAAGGCGAUUCUUAUUGCUCGAAAGAGAUACGCUUAUCCAUCGGCGAAGCGCGUAUGCGGCUCUCGCUAUUGGAUAUUCAUGGCACGGCAAAAAAAAAGAGAACGACUCGGUUUGGCUUGGCAUCCACUUUCAUCGACUUCCGUUUUUACGGACGAGGACACGUUGCGGCGUAGCGCUGACUUCCAUCACGACGGAGCGCGGACGCGACAAGGCCGUCGUGGCUGAGGCACGUCGUGCGGAUCGGUGACGCCUCGAAACCUGCCUCUAUCGCGAGUACCAUUGCCGUCGUCGCUCGGUUGCUGGCUUUCACUUUUCCUGGCGAUACCUCGUGUUUUGAUUGCGCGAGAUCUGGGCGGGGAAAUGGAACGGAAAGUGGUAAUGAUGUGGAACGACCGGAACAUCUUGCUGGUUUUGUACUUUCUUCUGGCGUUAAUUACUUUCACGUCAGCGUACGAUCCAAACGACAAGUCCUUGAAGGACAUUCUUCUACCCGAGGGUCAGUUCGAGGCAUUUUACUUGAAGGGCACGCAAGACGAGGAACAAAACGCCGUGAGACCGCCUCAUCUUCAUGGAUCUUUUCAUCAAUAUCGAAACCCGGCGCUGGUUGACGCACCGAACAGCGCGGCGUACGGAUUUCGUUUCGAUGGAAAACGCCGAUUCAAUUUCAGCUGAAUUAUUGCCAAUAAUUGCAUCCGAAAAAAGGAAUCGUUGAGCGCGAGAAACAUUACUGACGCUUUCAUCGGGAGCUGCGGUUAUCAUUGAAAUAUGAAAAUUGGAAGUACGCAAAAGGCGAACAUUUAGCGGUCAACGAUUAGCGAUUAGCAUCAUAUUGUGCAGUCAGGCGUGUAACAUUCGAAAGUGUUAAUAAUAAGAAAAUCUCAGAUGUGUAACGCAAAAAUUGUAAAUGUGAUUUACGCAAAUAAUAAAAAUGCAUAUUAUCGCUGUAUCUCUACCAUAAAAGCAAACGCUUCGUUGCAAACGUGAAAGAAUAAAGUACAUGUUUUAUUUAUGUUUUGCAAGUCUUUUAAUUACAUUCUAUUUCU